AUGGACGACGACUCCAGGAAGAGAGAAAAAGAAACCUCUCUCAGCCCGCCGCAAGUAUUUUCCUCCAUCUCCUCUAGCAUCCAGCUCAGCCAUGCUAUGAUGCUUCAGGAACUUGCCCAAGUCGCCGUCAUUCGCGGCGACUACCGUCGUGGUCUUGAGAUCGCGGAGGAGGCGCUCAAGGACAUGCAGAAGGACUUGGGCGACCAACAUCCCCAGAGCCUAGAGAUGGCGUGCAUGAAGGCCAUGUGUAUGGCUGGAGCCUCCACGGCAACCCAAGAGUCGGAUGACGCCGAAAGUACAUGUAGGGAGACGCUAAACACCAUCACCCACAGGCCUGUCCUGGCUGUCAUGGCUUCGUCGGACAGGCCCCGAGCCUCCCCCACAUUCAGGGGUCUCCCCACCGGCCUCGGUCCGACGCUGGGCUGCCACGCGACUCGGUCUGAGGAGCCUCCUCGCCGCUAG